AUGUCAGGAAACGAAAUAUGGUCGGCACGCGAAGAAACGAAAAACAAACUGAAAACUACGCUAAAAAACAGUCUCUUUAUCUUUUUUGAAGAGGCGCGGAAAUCAUAUGCGGGCGAAAGACAUAACCCUCGAGAGUUCUCAGAGAAGAGGAAGAAAGACUAUAAAAUAAUAUAUUCUCU